AUGGAAGAGCGGAGCAGUUUCAAAGAGCUGCCUGUCCAGCCCCAGGGCAUCUUUUGGGAAGAUGAUUUUAUCACCCCAGAACACGAGCGGCGCCUCAUCUCAAUCUUCCAAAAUGAGCUAGAAUGGGCUGAUCGCCCCGGCCGUCUGUCACUCCACUACGGCUACACAUUCGACUAUAAGACAUUUGGCAUAGAUCCAGACAUCCCAUAUAAGAAAUUUCCUGAAUGGUUGCAGCCACUCAUCCCGACUACCGAAGUUCGACCCCCUGAUCAAGUUUGCCUCCAGUACUAUCCACCUGGUGCUGGUAUCCCGCCACAUGUUGACGCACACGGUCCAUAUGAUCAGCUCUACGCGUUAUCGCUCGGCGGGCCGGCGGUGAUGCAGUUUCGAAGGGGAGAUGAGCGGAUCGACAUUGAUUUGACUCCACGAAGCAUGAUGCAGAUGGCGGGAGACUCCAGACUACAUUGGACCCAUGGCAUCAAAAAGCGAAAGAAUGAUAUCCUGGCAGAUGGGACGCAGCGCCCGCGCACCAACCGCUGGAGCAUAACUUAUCGCUGGCUUAGAGAUGGAGGUGAAUGCGAGUGUGGAAAUCCUGUGCAUUGCGACACGGCCCAGCGCCGACUGGGUGUUGAGAAAGAGAAGAGAUCGGUACUAGCACUGGCGGCGGAGGCCAGUGCUGCGGACAAGUCCUCUCAAUAG